CCCUCUUCUCUCUCUCUCUCUCUCUCUCUCUCUCUCGGAGAGUUCUGAAAUUUCUAAGAUAAUUCGAGAAAUGUCAUAGGAGCGUCACCUCGUUUCGGUGCUCUCGUCCUUAUCGGAUCAAGGGCUUCUUAUCUCUUCUCUCGCUGGUUUUGGGAAUCGUCGGAGAACUCUCUUGCUUCCAUUUCUGGGUCCGGAUUGUAAAUUAUUUUAGUUUUUCAUUGCUAAAUUGAAUUUGUUCGUUUUUGUAUUCAGAUUCCUUAGUUAACCUGCAUUUUCGGAUCAAAGACUGCGUUGAAUAUUUAUAUUCUAUGAAGUGGGAAUAAAAUGACCUUUUAUUUUGUAUUUUUUAAGCAUCUACGAAUUUUACAUGUACAUUUGUGUAGUCUGUUACAUGAUAUUGAAAAUACUGUUGUCUUAUUGAGAUGCUUCCACAGAAUCCCCUGUCUGUUUGAUCCUGCAAUGUGGGUUUUCUUCUUUUGGUCUUAUCGCAGCUAACGAGUGCUUCAGAGGGGACUUUAACUGGAAGAACUGGAACACAGACAAAGGAGGAGAUAAUUUAAGUUCAUUGAGUUUUGGUCUGUUAAUUGAGCAGAACAAGUUUCGGAUUUGAGCUAUUUUGUUUGGGGUUGUGAAUUGGACCUUCUUGAUUUCAGUGUCCUUGAACUGGAAAUCUUGGAGUUUCCGAUUGUCUUGGCGGUGAAAAUUUGAGUGACACUGUCAAUAACUGGAGAAGAUUGAAAUUGUAAUGGAUCAAAGUCCUCCAAGAGACAAUGGUUUUGCUAUAGAUCUUGAGAUUGGUGUUGCUAAUGGGGAAGAAGUUGGAAGUGCAGGCCCCAGUACCAAGGCAGGAAAUACAUGUUUCACCAGUGGCUGCAGUGGGUUUGUGAGUGUUGAUGGAUUGAUCACCGGAGAAGCGGUGAAUCUGAGUGACUGUGGGCAAACCAGCACUGGGGUUCUUCUGGAGAACGUACAAUUGUUAAUAGACAAGAAGGCAGGUGGAGAUGAGGCUGCAGAUCCUAUGGAAAACAAAUCAGGAAAGGAGAGACGUAAAACAACCAGUGCUAAAAAGCCUCCUCGACCUCCCAAAGCUCUGUCAUUGGAUGCUGCUGACCAGAAGCUAAUGAGGGAGAUCGCUGAAUUAGCCAUGACUAAACGUGCAAAGGUUGAGCGAAUGAAGGCACUGAAGAAGAUGAAAGCUGCGAAGGCAUCUGCAUCAACUGGAAACUUCCUUGGCAUGCUAUUCACCCUUAUCUUCUGUCUUGUUAUAGUAUUUCAAGGAAUGUGUACUGGACGAAAAUCAACAGCAAGCUUUCAAGGUUCAGGUUCUCCAGAAUCAGCUCGAGGAGCCGACUCUGGUUUCAUCUCUGUUCACUACCUGCCAAAUACAUCUGCAAAUGAUGUCAGUAUCCGGGGUUCUGGCUCUUCCAGUUCAGUGAAGCCGGUUUUGGAUUCAGAUCCUACGGGUAGUGGGAGAAAACGGGCCUGAAAACCAGCAUAUGUCUAGGAACAGAAAGCUCAUAAUCAGUAAUACCGUCCUUGCAGUUUUACCAGCCAUUAUGGAUAGCAGUUUCUAGUUUGCGGAAUGGCUGCCUUCUGCCUGACGGAAGCCUGAAGCAAUCCAUGGUAUAUAAAUCAAUAAUAAUAUGGGAUGAGUUGGAUUUCACACUAUACAUAUAUGCUCUAUAUUGUGUGGACUGUAGUUGCUGCCUCGGCAAUCAGGUAUGGUGUACAGCCGUACAGGCCUUUUUUAGUCCAGGGAUUUGCCUUGCCAAGUCUCUAAAAAUCACUCAUCCUUGCCCCCUGUUCUUUACUUCGUUUUUUAUAUGAGCACCCUUAGCUCACUUGCUGAGUUUUCUUUUUUUGACGGUUUUUUUUCCUUGCCUAUUUUAAUUUGAUUUCGUCUAAAGUUUGGUUA